UACUCAUUUAUUGCUUCCGUGAUUGCAAAAUUCCAAUAUGGAGUCGCAACAGAAAUCAACAACAGAAACGACGCAAAAUGCCACCGACAUACAUCUUGAUGAUGACAAACCCCCAAAGGACGACCACUUUCAAGGAGCUACUUUAGAAAUAAACGGAGACGGAGCACAUGUUGAUCCUGACGUUGAGUUUGCCGGGCCAGGUUUCGAUCGUAACCGUCCUGGUUCCACUAUCGGACGGCAAUCAGUCCGUAGUACAUCCAGUAGGACAUCGAUGAAACCAGGUGCCUAUAAAUCACCGAAAAUGUCCGAACAAUACUUCUGUUAUAAGGAAAAUGCACUAGACAAGGCUGUACAAGUGUGCAAGGAGUUCGAGUAUAAAACAGACUUGGACGGCAAUGUUGUUGGUCAUUGGUUGUUAAGCGAGAUUGACCACUGGGAUAAUGAGAGGGAGAAGAUUGUGGUUUUGACAGAAAACUCCGUCCUUCUCUACCGCUUUAACUUCAUUAAUAACAAGGUGAUUGAUUUCCGUCGAGUCAGCCUUCAUAUUAUAAAUAGCAUACACAUUGGAGACUUCACAUACCCGCAGUAUUCAGUGAUGCCUGUUGUAUCAAGUGACAGGCAACAUGGAGGUAUACAGUUCCACUUCAAUAAUGGCGAGGAGCCGUCGUUCGGACAGCGCUGGAACCCAUGGUGUUCAACGAUCCCAUGGGUAACAUUGGCGCACCAUCCACUGAUCUACAACCCAAACGAGAACGAGACAGCGACAUUUAACGUCGAUGAUUUCUAUGAAUCGCUAGUUCAAGGAGUGAGUAAGGCGUAUAACCGUAAACGCCCCGGGGAGAAGGUUACGGUCCUUGAAGGUCCUAUUCUCAUACAGAGCUACGCAAGUUUGUCAUCGUUGGUUUUCAACCAAUCAGGAAUCGGCUAUUACAAAGAUAGAAAUGGCUUAUGCUUCUGAAACUUCUGUUUUGAUUAUAACAUAGAUCUAACGUCUUGUGUUGUCCUAUUUAAUAUAUACAGUAUAUAUAGUAUAUACAAAUAAUUCUUUUUUGGUCCAGAAAAGCGGAUUAUGCAAGACUUUUGUAAUGUGCUUACUUGCGGGAUUUUAUGUACUUACUUUUUUCACAUUGUUCACUCUUAAUUAUUAUGAAUUUGUUACAAAAACAAUCUUAGAAAAAAAAAACGUUGCAAUGAUACUUAAUAUGUACUCAUAAAUCAUGUAUUUGGGAAACUAUCCUGUUAUUUAGAUCUUUGACCAAAGAAAUGUUAUGAGGAAAAAGUCACCAGUUAGCUUGAAACUUUUAAAACAAAAAAAUUGAUAUGAUGUAUACUGUUAAGCUCAAUGUUUCUUUGUUUUUCAUUUUUCUCAUCAAUAUGUUUUUGUCUUGAAUGUAUUUGUGUGUGAAAUAAUCUUCAAGUGAGAUUUUACUGCAUUCCAAUAUCCUUGUAUGAAAGUAUUACAUGUAUAAGUUAAAAUAUUCUUACUGUUUUAAAGUAAUUGUUGUAUGAAUUUUGUUAUUUGUAUUUGAAAAAGAAUAUGAUUUUUGUGUGUAAAUCAUGUACAAAUUUAUGUGUAAGAAUAAUUCACUAUGGGAUGUACUAGGACAGCUUUGGAUAUUUUUAGACACACUGGGAUAUCUUUGAUGUACUUGGGGUAUUUUUGGAUGCACUGGAAUGAUUUUAAUGUCUAUGAAUAUUUUUGGAUGUAUAGGAAUAUCUUAAGAUGUACUUGGACACCUUUGGAUGUACUUGGAUGUGUUUUGAUGUUUUGAGAUAUCUUUUGUGGAUGUACUUGGACAUCUUUAGAUAUACUUGGACAUCUUUAGAAAUACUUUAAAAUCUUUGGCUUUGGAUAUACUUUAAAAUCUUUGGAUAUACUUGAAAAUCUUUGGAUAUACUUAAAAAUCUUUGGAUUUACUUGAGAAUCUUUGGAUAUACUUGAAAAUCUUUGCAUAUCAUCUACCCGUAAUGGUGGAAAAUUGGCUCUUGACCUUAACUGUAAAGCAAGACUUUAUACUGCAUUUGAAUUCAACUGUGAGUCUUAAUUAAUUCUGGUAAAAAGAGAACUUUUUUUUUAU